CUCAUCCAUAUUAACAAAUCAUCAUUCAAUAAGUUUCUUUUUACUGAAGAAUGAAUCAUCGAUUUUAUAGCUCCUCUUAAAGUGAUUGAAGUGAGUCAUAGUAUUGUACGAAACACUAAAGAAACGAUAUGGUUGUUAUUAAGCAAGCCGAUGGUUAAUGUUAGCAUAUUCGUUGAUAUUGGGAAUCGAAUGUUACCCGUUGAACGAUUGAAAACUUACGAUAAGCUGAUCAUAUUUUCUUUGCCGACUCUUGUCAUUCCGGAGAAGACAGAUAAAGCAUCAUCUACAACAAAUAGCUUUAAAAUAUUUUUAAGAAAUGGUACACAACAGUUGGAAUUUUCAGUACAAUUACAUGUCAGUGAUACAAGUAAUAUACGGGAUACAACAGAAAUUGUCGAUAAGGAAGCGCUAAUAACAUCGUUGUUCGAAUUUGCUGCCGAAGGAGAACCAUUGGCUUUGGUAAAACCGUUGGUACCGCUUCUCGGUACAUUUGACAACGACGGCUGCAAUGUCUUACACGUGGCAGCACGUAAUAAGCAAAAUUUUGCGCUAAAGACAAUGCUAUCGGUGCUAUGUGAGUAUAGUAGUGAAGAGGAACGUCAAAAAAUUCUUAAUGCACCAAAUGUUCGAGGACAAACAGCACUGCAUUGUGCGGUACGAGCUGGUGAUCCGGAUUGUGUACAUUACUUAGUUAGUGCUGGUGCCAAAAGAAAUAUUGUGGAUAAUAAUUUGGAUACAGUAGCGCAUUAUUUGGGAGAUGCUUAUAAUGAUGCUAUUUAUAAAGAAAUUUUGGAAACGAGUAGCAGUGAGGAAGUGGAAAGCGGAACUGAUAUCAAUAGAGAGAAUAUUUUAGCCAAGAAAAACUGUUAUGGAUACACGCCAGCUCAUAUUGCUGUUAAGAAACUAAAAUUAAGCUUACUGGAAGCAUUGAUAGAAGCUGGUGCUCCUGUAGAUAUUCCUGACAACAAUGGCGAAACACCGCUCUUGACGGCCCUCUAUAUGGAUGAUGCUGACACGGUCUCUUUACUUGCCCAGCACAAUUGUGAUGUUAACGUAAUGUCAAAUAAUGGAGACACACCUCUAAAAGUUGCAUGUAAGAAGAAGAAUCUUGUUAUGAUCGGACGUCUUCUGGAUGCCGGGUCAACUAUGGAUUCUCUAGGAACAGGUGACGAACGACCAGCGGAAGCAGAUGAGGAAGAUGUGCAGCGGAUUCUGAACGGUGAACGGAUUGAAGUAUCUAACGUAUAUGCACAAAACGGUCCUGGGGAAGAACAAGAGAUCAGUGAAUUACAAAGUGAAGAAUCGAUCAGCACAGCAGCAAGCACUGAUGCUGCAACCAGUUAUCGACUUCGGACAUUUAAAGACGAUGUCUCCUGUUUGGAUUACCUAACAAGGUUACGGUUGUCGAAGAUACUAGAUGUGGAGGACAAAUGGACGAUACUGGCGGAUCAUCUCGGCUGUGGACACAUGGUAGAGUUCAUUCGUGUUUGCUUAGAUGAUUCUUCCUCGCCAACUAUGAUGCUACUUGACCAAUACGAACAAGUUCCAAAUGCAAAUUUGUCAACCAUAACCCAGUCCCUGGAAGAUAUGGGCGAAACACUUGGAGUACAUUUGAUACAGGCUGGAAAUGAGCAACAAUGA